UGAACCCCUAAUAUGGAUCUUGCUACCAUGGCCUAAACAUGCCAGGUCCGACCUCGAGGCUUUGACCUGUGAUUUGCAAAUGUGCCCACCAAGGAAAACACGUUAUUAAAUACAGGUAUGUCACAGCUAAAUGCUAGGUUAGCAACCCAUUAAAUAAUGGCCUGAGCAUGCAAGAAAGAUCCACCAUCAGACGAAACUGCGGUGCUGGUUCUUGCUGCCAAUUGUUUGGACAGUAGCACAAAACAAUGUACUAAACACGAGACGACUUUAGUGUUGCGAUCUCUAUGCGUCUGGCAAAUCUCAAGGCAUAGCAGACAGCAUCUGGGAGAUGUAAUGGCGUGAUUCUUCAUGUCUACCAAUCAAAUGCUACUGCAUGUACAUUUAUGUAUAAAUAGGCCUGAGCAGAGCAGUAGACACAUCAAACCAAGAAGUAUUCUUUUCUGUUCCUCCUCUCUUCAACCACAAUACAGAGAAAAGCUUCAAGCUCAGAUAUGGCUUUCCACCAAAGAUCGACAAGUUUGCCUUCUAGGCCUCACGUUAGUGAGACCCAAGUCGAGCAAGAACUCCAGAGCCUAGAAGCAAGCAUCUCUUCCUCCAAUUCCAUCAGCGCGAUGUGCGAUGGUCUCAGGAGUCUUGCAAAUAUCUACGAUGGUCUUGAAGAGAUUAUUUGCCUACCAAGCCACCAAGUUUGCUCCUCCCAGCAGAGGAACAUGUUGGAUGGAGAGAUGGGAUGCUCCGUUGAGCUCUUAGAUCUCUGCAGCACCAUGCAAGAGACCUUCGCCGAGAUGGUGGUCAUCAUCCAAGAGCUGCAAGUGGCUCUAAGAAAAGGAGAUGAUGCGGCUGCUCAAGCCAAGAUCAAGUCUUUUACUCGCUUGGCGAAGAAGGCCAGGAAACAUUUCAAGAAGACUUCCAAGAAGGCUGCAUCCGACAAGAUGGUCAUGCUAUUGACCAACGCAAGAGAGAUCUGCAUCUCUCUGUUGGAGUCCACACUCCAUCUCUUGUCGAAGCAAAUUGAAAUGCCAAAGCAGUCUCUUGUCUGCAAGGCAUUUUACAAGAAGAAGGUUGUUGUUUGCGAGGAGCAAUUGCAGGAGUUAGAGUGCAGCAUCGGAGAUCUUCAGAAUGGAGCAGGAAAUCUGUUCAGGAAAUUAGUCCAGAACAGAGUUUCUCUUUUAAACAUUCUUAGCUCAUAAAUACUCCACAUCACUCUACUCCCUGCGAUUGUCAUCCGCCUUUUUGAGGAUGAGCCAAUCUUGAUACAGUUUUUCCAUGUGUAUAGUAUACAGUACAGAUGUACAGAAAUUAUAGAAACAAAGACCAAAGUUUUGAUCCA